GAGGCGCUUGCAUGCCUGUGGAAUAAAAAUGUGCACGGCCUUUUGUCCCGCGCCAAGCGGCAGGAUAGCAGCUCUGACUGGGCAGGUCUGUCUUUUUUUCCCCCGACAUGGCCAACAGCCUCGACAAGAGGGAGAGUCCCCCGAGAUGGGCCUGAGGAUGCACUAGGGAGAGGCCCAGUUGAGUUCCCAUGCAGAGCAGCAGGCUUAAGUGGUGAAAGCUUGACUUCAAGAUGGAGGUAACGUUCGUGGACCGGACCAAAAUGACCAGCCAGCAGGCCCUCUGCGUCUCCGACGUAGACAUAAGCAGAACGCGCCGACGUGGCAUCUCAACUCUCAAGAUGUUUAUCGUGGCGCUGUCCUUCGCCUAUUUCUGCAAGACCCUGACAGGAACCUUCAUGAAGAGCUCCAUCACGCAACUCGAGAGACGUUUCGACCUCUCCAGUUCGCACAUUGGCCUCGUAGAUGGCAGUUUCGAGAUGGGCAACCUGUUGUUUCUAGCCGUGGUCAGCCAUUUUGGCGCCAAGAUGCAUCGGCCCAGGCUCAUCGCGGGGGGCUCCGUUCUCAUGGCGGUGGGGGCACUUCUCACCGGACUGACCCACUUCUUCAUGGGACCCUACAGGUAUGAUACAGUCAUCACGGCUUUCCAGAAUGACAGUACGAGCCCCGUCGCCUGUCUCAUUCCUGAGAACGACGUGAGCCACUGGAACGAAACGGGACGCAACGCGACACAAGCCUGCGAAAAGGAGCCCGGUUCCAAUAUGUGGAUCUACGUGUUACUGGGGAAUGCGUUGCGGGGGAUCGGAGAGACUCCCGUCACACCUCUGGGCAUCUCGUACAUCGACGACUUCGCUAAAGCUGAAAACUCUCCCUUCUACAUCGCUUGUCUGCAGACAAUUGCUCUCCUGGGCCCUGUCUUUGGCUACCUCCUUGGGUCCUAUUGUGCCAAUAUAUACGUUGACAUUGGAUAUGUUGACAUGGAAACGGUAACCAUCUCUCCCAAUGAUGCCCGCUGGGUGGGAGCCUGGUGGAUGGGCAUGCUGGUGUCCGCCGGCCUCCUCUUCCUCUCCAGCUUUCCCUUCUGGUUCUUGCCCCGCUCACCGGAGGUUGAAGAGGCCAAGGCCGCACCCGUGGAAGAGACUCCGGAUGCCAGAGCGGACUCCCCCGACAACAACAAGCCCGUUAAAAAGAUAGCAGAAAUCGCCCAUGGGUUUCUUCCCUCAUUGAAGCACCUGCUGUGCAAUCCUACCUACUUCCUGCUCCUUUGUGGCAGCACGCUGAAGUUCAACUCGCUUGUCGGCAUGUUCACCUUUAAUGCCAAAUAUAUGGAGCAGCAGUUUGGACAGUCGGCAUCCAGAGCCAACUUCCUCAUAGGGGUGUUGACCCUGCCGGCCGUCGCCAUGGGGAUCUUCCUGGGGGGUGUCGUGAUGAAGCGGUACAAGCUGAGCAUCGUGUCGGGGGCUCAGUUCUCGUUCGCCGUGUCCCUCGGGGCCUACUUCCUCAUGUUGCUCAAGUUCGGCACCAAGUGCGACAACAUUCCCGUGGCUGGACUCACCACCUCGUACAACGGGACACCAGGAGUGUUACACAGUGGCCGAACGCUCUUCUCGGAGUGUAACAGCAACUGUUCGUGCUCGGCGGAGGACUGGGACCCAGUGUGCUCGGACAGUGGCAUCACGUACAUCUCGCCGUGUAUGGCUGGCUGCCUCAGCUAUAGCGGAUUCGGCAAAAAAACAGUUUUCCACAACUGCACUUGCGUGUCUGCGUCCUUCCCGGCGGGCAGCAGUACGUCAGUCAAACUGGGGCAGUGCCCUCGAGCCAAAAGCUGCAGCCGCAGUUUCAGCUUCUACAUGGCCGUGUCCGUUCUCAGCGCUUUCAUCAGCUCCCUGGGAAUCACACCUGCUUACAUGGUCACAAUAAGAUGCAUCUCGCCGCAUCUUAAAUCCCUUGCGUUGGGUAUGCAGACCAUGAUUAUUCGGGUCCUUGGUGGGAUCCCAGCGCCGAUUUACUUUGGAGCGUUUAUCGAUUUGACGUGCUUGAAGUGGUCGGUUAAAAAGUGCGGGGGCAGAGGUGCUUGUCGCCUUUACGAUGCCAAUAUGUACAGGGUCAUCUUCCUGGGUCUGGUCUCCGGUAUCAGCGGCAUUUCCUUUUUCGUCACAUUCGCUGUGAUAAUCCUCCUCCGAAAGCAGUUCCAAAAGGAGGAGGAUGAGCCCAAAACGCUCAAGCAAAUGGAACUACACACCCAAUCAAGAAUUACGGCUGAGCCGCUCGACGCGAGGGCCGCACGGGAGGUCGGGGGGAUUCCCAAAAAUGGCUUCGCCGCUGCAUGCAUCGCACCCGAGGCCGCGGAGAGGCUCGCGCCACAAAGCGACGAGGACGACCACGAAGUUGGCAAAAAAGCCGAAGCGGAACAUCCAGCAAAGAAACUGAGUGCUGUGAAAAUAACUCAUUUGAAAACAGCCCAUUCCCACUGAGGCCACUUUGUUAUCCUCCCAUACGCUAACAGUAUUAUGUGACAUUUUAUCAUUAUUAUAUUACCGAAGUAUUUCAACUAGGGUUGCAAAGUGGUGAAAUAUUUACGGUCAAUUUCUGGAAAUUUUGCGGUAAAAUUCCAUGGGGAGUUAAGCUGGGGAAUUUUGCAAAUGUUCCAAAUUUGAAACUUUGAAUGGGAGUUAUGGGAAUGAACUGGAAGUUGAGGGUAAUUAAAUGGAAAUGUAUCAUAUUCAAGCAUUCACAUCAAAAAUUUUCUUUGGUCAUGUGCGGAAGUCCAAGCAAAAUAGAUCUCUCCUUUCCCACAUUUGAGGGCGCUUCAGUACCUUAAAGGCGGCGCGUUCAAAGAUUGCUCUGUCCGCGGGUUCUGACAGGCAACACAAAGAAAAUUAGCGACUGACGUCGGGGCAGAUGCAUCAAAUCCGGUUGUUUUAGCCAGGAUUAAGCCAAUUUUGCAACCCUAAUUUUGACAUGUUUGUGAGUGCAAAAGCAGCAACCACAGCUCUGAUGACCUUAUCUUCUUAAAUUAAAAUGUGUAAUAAUGUGACUGCGUGUGUUCAUGAUGAUGCAGAAGUCUGGCAAUGCACAACAAUAGAGAUUCUGUUCAAAUGAUGUCUAAAUGUCUUGGAUUUAUAGUAUUAAAAGCAAGGAUGUGAAGUUGCA